UUUUGUUGCUUACCGCGCGCCACCCAGACGUCUGCCACUGAUCGGUCCGUCUCCAUUCUCAUUCUCCACUGCCACCGCCCCACGAAUACCCGCCGCCCCCUUUCCGCGUCUCCUCCUCCUCCUCCUCUUCCUCCUUUAUCCCCCGUCGUUGCCGUGGGGAUCGGAUUUUCUCCGCCUUCAGGGAGGCGUGCGCGCAAGGGGUCGGGUCGAUCGAUCGAGAGAGCGCAGGGAUGGCGGCGGCGGUGAGGGUGGACAAGGCCACCAACGAGCUGUUGCUGGGCCCCGACUGGACCCUCAACAUCGACAUCUGCGACGCAGUCAACUCCGAUCACGGGCAAGCAAAAGAGGUGAUUAAAGCUUUGAAAAAACGUAUUCAGCACAAGAAUGCGAAUGUUCAAUUUCUUGCUCUGACGCUUUUAGAGACUCUAAUAAAGAACUGUGGGGAUCGCGUGCAUGUUCAAGUCAUAGAGCGCAAUAUACUGGACGAAAUGAUGAAAAUUGUGAAGAAAAAGGCAGAUAUGCAAGUGAGGGAUAAAAUCCUGACACUCCUGGACUCUUGGCAAGAAGCAUUUGGCGGGCCUGGUGGAAAGCACCCUCAUUAUUACUGGGCAUAUGCUGAAUUGAAGCGAGCUGGAGUAGAAUUUCCUAAGCGCUCACCUGAUGCUGCACCGGUAUUUACUCCUCCGGUCACGCGCCCAGCAUCUUUGCCAUCAUAUCUUCAAGCAGGGUAUGGAAUGCAAGUCGAUUCUUCCUUGACGCUUGAUGAGGUGAUGUCAUCUAACGGGGCUUCACUGAGCAUGCCAGACUUGGAACGUAUGCUGGGGGCUGCGGAACUAUUAGGCGAGAUGCUGAGAGCUGUGGAUCCAAAUGAUCAUGAUGCUGUCAAUGAUGAAAUUAUCACGGAACUUGUAAACCAAUGUCGGUCAGACCAAAAAAAGAUCUUGAGUCUGGUAAGUUCACUGAGGGAUGAGGAACUCUUGGGCCAAGCUCUUGACUUAAAUGAUAAAUUACAGAUUCUGCUUGAGAAACAUGAUGCAAUGGCAUCAGGUUCUCCUCUACCAGCCGAAGUAACAGAUGUGGUGAGUGAAUUGCCAGCAGGAACCACUCCAAACCUAGGUGAAAAGGUUGCUCCUACAGCUGCAGUUACUCCAACAAUGGUAUCAACCAAUGUUUUAAAUGACGAGGAGGAGGAAGACGAAGAUGACGAGUUCUCUCUGCUCGCUCGCAGGAACUCAAGAUUCAGACCCACAAACAGUGAGAGUGCCUCUCCUAGUUUAGGCACAUAUUCGUCAACCAUCCACGAGGGAACAUCAAGUUCAGCAGCUUCUGUUCCCUCUACAACUUCAUAUGUUCCAAGCAAUGCAUUGUCUCUGCCUGAUCCUCCAGCCCCCGUGAGGACUUCUCCAGAAGACCAGGUUAUGAGUGACCUUCUUGCACUCACCAUAUCGUCAAACCCAUCACCACCCUAUACCCCAAUAACACCUGAACCAGCCUUGAAUCAAGGUGGCUCAACAGCUAGUCAUCCACAGCCUUAUAAUGUAAAUCAAGGACAUGCAACUGCAAAUUAUGUAGCUCCAUGGGCACAGCCCCAGUCUCAAGCUGCAGGCAUUCAGCAACAGACACCAUCCCAGUCACAGUUGCCCUACAACUCAUUAGCUUACCCGCCGCCACCAUGGGCCUCCCAGGACAGCAUGGAAUCGAACCCUUUUGUGGUAUCAUCGUCCCAGCAUCAAUCAAGCUCCAACUCGCCUAUCAACGUGCCACCGAACUUGAGGCCCCUACAGCAAUCGCAGUCUUUUGCAGUGCCACUUCGCACUGCGAGUUUAGACUCACCAAUAAAUGGGAACCUGAAGCAACCACUCUCUGCUGGGGCUCGCAGACCAUCUUAUGUUUCUUCCAACAAGUUCUUCGAUGACCUGUUUGAGAGAAAUUCAGAUGGUAGCCUGAAAGUAGGCGGUACAGUUGGCAGUGGCACGUCCAGUCCAUACAAGGCAUAGUGAGGACUAUGGAAAAUAAAAUGUAAAGAAUGCUUAUCAUGCUAGACUGUUCGCUUGUCUUGAAUUUUCCAGUUAUCAGCCUGCCUGCAUGUUUGUGGGAUUUCCCCUUCUCAGCUUAGAAUGAUUUGGUUGAUGCUUCUGGCUGGGGAACUUGCUGACCUGUAAAUAAAUAAUUUAUGCCAAACCAAGCUAGUUGAAAGCAUCAGCCUAUUUGUUAGCCAAACAUUUUGAAUGGCAGUAACGAAACAGUUCGGUUCUA